AAAAUGACGUGAAUCGGAACAAAGACUUGGUGAAAAAUUGUGUUACGCAGCAGUAAAAACAGUAUGGAAAAAGCCAGUGGAGCUCAAGACACUGAAAAACAUACAUAUGUAUGUAUGUAUGCAUGCAUGUGUGCAUGUGUCCAUACUACUGAUGCGUGUUAUUGUAGUGGUGUGCAAAAACAAGUCAUUUAUGUGCUCCGAAGGUUGCAAAAUUUGCUGCUCUCGCAUAAUUUUAUGUGCUGUUGUGUUUACAUUAUUGUUAAUUUAAAACGGAUUACCCUCGCUGGCUAAAUAUGGGCGUUUUCCUUUCGUUUGAAUAAAGUCAAAGUGAUUUUUCUCAAAUCUUCAUAACUUCCUGAACGAUUUUCCUUGUUUGUCGUAAAUGUACAUCUACAAAUCUGCUGUUGUUUGUUAUCGUCACUUUCUCCGCUACAAAUGCUGCUGCAACAGCAACACCAACAACCAGCUUAAGGCAGCUAGAACACCUAAAACAGCCAAUAGGAAAAAUUAUAUACAUAUAUAUAUAUCGAUAUGGCAACUAGAAAGAAAUCUUUGCUGAAAGUCAUCAUUCUCGGUGAUAGCAGCGUUGGCAAAACAUCACUUAUGAAUCAAUAUGUAAACAAACGCUUCUCCAAUCAGUACAAAGCAACGAUCGGGGCGGACUUCUGCACAAAAGAAGUUGUUGUCAACGAUCGCGUCGUCACAAUGCAGAUUUGGGACACGGCUGGUCAGGAGCGCUUCCAAUCACUCGGUGUCGCCUUCUAUCGUGGCGCUGAUUGCUGUGUGCUUGUCUACGAUGUGACGGCACCAAACUCAUUCAAGAAUCUUGAUUCGUGGCGAGAUGAGUUCUUAAUUCAAGCCAGUCCACGGGAUCCCGAGCAUUUUCCCUUCGUCGUCCUGGGCAAUAAAGUAGAUUUGGAUAAUCGUCAAGUAUCGACGCGUCGAGCACAGCAAUGGUGCCAAUCCAAAAACGAUAUACCCUACUAUGAGACGUCAGCAAAGGAGGGCAUCAACGUUGAGAUGGCGUUUCAAACCAUUGCAAAGAAUGCGCUGGAACAAGAGACGGAGGCUGAACUUAUCAACGAUUUUCCCGAUCAAAUACGCUUGAACUCUGAAAAUAAUCGUCCAGGCAACGCUGACAAUUGUCAAUGCUAAUGUAGUUCAAAUAUUACAGGCAAAACAGCUGCAGCAAAACAGAAUACAACGCAAAGUGCAUAAUUACACAAUCUAUAUUAUAAAUAAAAUACAUUACAGCAUAUGAGUAAAAAAGCAAACACGAUGAACGACAACAAGGUUAUAAGUUUAAGUAAAACAAUUUCAGCCACAGCAUAGGUAUAAUGAUAGGAUGCUAAAUUCGGAUAAACUUUCAGCAGAUUUGUAACGUAAACGUUUCCCGUUAUUACUAUUUAUGGUCUGUUUACACAUAUUUCAAAAUAUUGUGCAUGCCCUCCUAGAAAUAUUUUUGCCAUUAGUAAAAUUAUUGCACGCAACAGACACAGCCGUUGCAACAACAUCAGAAUCCACAGCAACAAAUUAUCUACGCAAAAAAAUAAGGAAAAAGAAAAGAAAACCAACAAAUUCUUGUGAUUGUAAAUUUAAUAAAACAAAAAUAUACAUUUUUAUUGUAAUUAAUUUUAUAUAUACUCAUCCAUAUUUAACGAGAUUGGCACUUUAUCGGCUCAGAUCAGUUUCCACCUUAAACGGAUAUAUCUUUUAAUCAAUUUGAGCCCUAAUUUGAAUAAUUUGUUUUGUUAGUCGUAGACAAUUAUUAACAAUUGAUCCCUUUUGGUAAUACAUACACACAUCGUUUGUGUAUAAUUUAUAAAAUGUAAUUUUCACAUACUUUUAUUUUGACAUUUACAAGCUUUGGUUUAAUUUGUAUAAUAAACAAUGCAAAAUCUACAACUUUCGAAACAGA